AUGUCAAAAGAAUCAAGAAUAUUUAUUGAAAUUAGUGAAAAUAUAAUUGAUUUAAAUUAUUGGUAUAAAAUUGUAUCAGAUGAUAGUAGUGGUGCAACCUCAUCAUUUUUAGGUACAACAAGAAAUGAAUUUAAAGGUAAAUCAGUUGAAAGAUUAGAAUAUGAAACCUAUGAACCAAUGGCAAUUAAAGAGAUUGAAAAAAUUUGUAAAACUAUAUUAAAUGGAUUUGAAAAUGAUAUUAAAAAAAUUGGUAUUGUUCAUAGAAUUGGUAAUGUUCCAGUUGGUGAAUCAAGUAUAUUAAUUGUAAUUUCUUCUGGUCAUAGAAAAUCAUCAUUAGAAGCUGUUCAUUAUGCUAUUGACACAAUUAAAUCAACUGUACCAAUUUGGAAAAAAGAAUUUUAUACUGAUGGUUCUGAGAAUCAAUGGAAAGGAAAUUGUGAAUCUUGUCAUUUUAAUAAUAAUAAUCAUCCUCAUUAA